AUGGACAGAGCGACUCUCCCGGGACUGCCUCGCCUCUGCGUCCUGUGGGCAACUCUGCUCGCCCUGUUCCCCUGCGGCGUCCACGGAAACUGGAUGUGGCUGGGCAUCGCCUCCUUUGGGGUCCCAGAGAAGCUAGGUUGUGCCAACUUGCCUCUGAGCGGCCGUCAGAAGGAACUGUGCAAAAGGAAACCUUAUCUGCUGCCCAGCAUUCGAGAAGGGGCACGACUGGGCAUCCAAGAGUGCAAGAGCCAGUUCAAACAUGAGCGGUGGAAUUGCCAGGUGUUCUCGCCCAUCGCCUCUGCCUCUGCCCCCGCCGCCGCCGCGCCCCCGGCAGCGUCGCCCGGAGCCACCCCUCUCUUUGGUUACGAACUGAGCAGCGGCACCAAAGAAACAGCAUUUAUCUAUGCAGUGAUGGCAGCAGGUCUGGUGCAUUCAGUGACAAGAUCAUGCAGUGCAGGAAACAUGACAGAGUGCUCCUGUGACACCAACUUGCAAAAUGGUGGCUCAGCUACCGAAGGCUGGCAUUGGGGUGGCUGCUCUGAUGACAUCCAGUAUGGCAUGUGGUUUAGCAGAAAGUUCUUGGACAUCCCCACCAAAAACACUACUGGAAAAGAUGGGAAACUGUUAGCAAUGAAUCUACAUAAUAACGAAGCGGGGAGACAGGCAGUAGCCAAGUUGAUGUCAGUCGACUGCCGCUGCCAUGGAGUUUCAGGUUCCUGCGCUGUGAAAACUUGCUGGAAAACCAUGUCUCCCUUUGAGAAGAUUGGUCAUUUUCUAAAAGAUAAGUACGAAAACAGCGUGCAGGUCUCAGAUAAAAUGAAAAGAAAGAUGCGCAGGAGAGAAAAAGACCAGAAAAAGAUAUCAGUGCGCAAGGAUGAUCUUCUCUACAUUAACAAAUCGCCCAACUACUGCGUGGAGGAUCGAAAAUUGGGCAUCCCUGGGACGCAGGGCAGAGAGUGCAAUCGCACUUCGGAAGGAGCCGACGGGUGUAAUCUCCUCUGCUGUGGGAGGGGUUACAACACGCACGUAGUCAGACACGUGGAGAGGUGUGAAUGCAAAUUUAUCUGGUGCUGUUACGUUCGCUGCAGGAGGUGUGAAAGCAUGACCGAUGUCCACACCUGCAAAUAA